AUCUUGUCCAGCUGGGAGUUCUCAUUCUUCGUGCUCUUGCUGUUUUCUCAGUGUUUAUUUGGAGGUCAUUGAGGAGCUCCAGCAAAGCAUCCGUUGUCAGUAGGUUUCUCUUCAUUGCUGUCCUUCGGUGGUAACUUCCUUCAGUAUUUAAUACUGAGCUCCAGGUACUGCAGAGGCAGGAGGGCACGGCGCUUUGGGCAGCACAAUGCAGCCCCAAACACAAGCGUGUAACAUCCCCGCAGUCACCUUGUGGCUGUUUAUUGAGGCAAUAAAUGGCAUUCCUUGGUAGUGCUGUAAUGACAUCCUUUGAAGUGCUUGGAAGCACUGUGCUUCCCCCAGGCCUGCGCUUAGAAGCAAAGCAAGCAUUUUGUAUGUACAAGUCAGUGUUCACUGGGAUUCAAAUGCUUUCUGUUGUUGGUAGUGCCAGCAGCAGUUUCCUUCUGGCUUCCUUCUGGUUUGUGUGUAUGGCUGAGGUCUCCUAUAGUGCUAAUCUUAAAGAUGACGUGGAGCUGUUAGGUCACAGUGCAGUCCUUACAUUUGUUAAAUCUGCCACUUCUUCCACGCACCCAGAAUGACCAAAUACCAUCCGUACAGCUCCCACUGCUGAGGAACACGUGAAGGUGUUUCACUUUCAAUUCCUUUCCAGCUGGAUUAGCACAGACUGAGCUUCCCCUGCAGCGCUGCUUUCCAGUACAAAUACUGAGCAGAGAGGCUGACUGCAUUCAUUUUCCCCUUGUUCUGCUGUGCUUGGUGCCUCUGCUUGGUGAACUCGUGCAGGAGCAAAGGGCUGGUUCACUGUAAGCACAGUUGUCAUUUGGUUAAUGUGUUUGUUUGGCCUUGGUACGUCAGUUCUCCAGCAGCGAGCCUUACUGGAAAAGGAAACGAGAUGACACACACCCAGUGUCCCACUAAUCACCCAGUGUUUGGGUAGGUAACAAGGCGGGGUGUUUCAGAACAUCUCUGAGGCAAACAUUGUAGUUGGCACAGCUGAUAAGCAGCCAUUCUAAACCGAAACGCAAACAAGAUUACCGCUGUGCGCAGUUAAUUGGAUUCUGCUCCUAAAUGAAUUUCUGCCUUGAAAUUACAGCUGGUGGUGUAAUGGAUACAGCGAUGCCUGAGGAAAGGCUGUGCAUCCUUCUGGGGUUAGAAAAGGGAGCAGCAGCCUUCAUGGGCAGCCUCAGCCAGCAGGGACAGGACAUGAGGACAUUCUCAUGGGCUGGGGUUGUGUUUGUUGCUGGUCUGAAUGCUGCCUUGCCACUUGGUUCUCUGGAACUGAGAAAAUCCACGUCCUUCUGCCCACCCUUGUUUGAAAUGACAGCCUGCAAAGCAUCCCAAGAGCUCAGCAGUUCUAACUGUGGAAGAUGCAAUUAUGCUCAUUUUCUGUCUCUCAAUUUAGAUGUUUUUAACCAUAUGCAUCCUCUAUAGGCAUAGUAACAAAUACAGCAGCGCUGAGCUGCACUGUUUUUCUCCUCCCUGCAGAGCCCUUUCCAUAUGGCUUGCAUUCAGACAUGAGCUUAUCUCACCAAGAGCCUGUCAGAGCAAAACACAGCUGGGGUAACCCUCAGACAGGGCUUCUGCAGCUCUAGAUGAGAGGAAGGCUGAGGAAGCGUGUCGGUUCCUUGUGGUAUGGACUCAUUAACGUACCUGCUGUAGACUCUGCUCCCAUCCCAACAAUGUGCUUCCAGCUUCUGUAAUUGGGAUGACACGAUUCACGCGUCCAUUCCCCACUGGAGCUGCGUUCUGUGGUUAGCGAAGCCAGUGGGUGUCACCUGCUCUGAACUUCCUCCGGUGGCAGUUUCAGGGUGUUUGGCAAGUCAUGCAUCAAGCUGCAGUGUAUCUAUGGCCUGCAGGAGCAGGGGUUUCAUGCAGCUUACAGGCAGCUUUGGUACUGAAGGUCCAUGAGUUGCCUGCAGCAGUGCUGGCCCUGCUGGAGCACCGUUCCCAUGGCUCUCCAGCCAGCAGACCUGGGCAAAAAUUGCAUCCAUGGUUCCUUUACAACAGGGCUUAAAAAUGUGACAAUUUUGGGGAUUCGAGUGGCUGAGAAGGUUUAAAAAUGUUCCUGGAAUUGAACCUUGAAUAUUUUCUAAGGCCUUAAAUGCAUUCAGAGCAUUUCACAUUUCCUUCUGGUUCAUGUUCAUGGUUGAGGUCUCCUAUAUGAAAGGGGCUGCCUUGAGAGUUAUCUGUGAACAGUAUCCCUUUUGGAUCCUGGGUUUGGUGGUCCCUUUUUAAGCUGUCAUUCACAUCUCAUUCAGUACCUAGAGGGGUGAAUCAGGCACUCGUCACCUCUCUCCCUUCAUGUAAAUUCAUAUGUGAUUAUCAGUGUACCAUAAAGGUGAAAUGGGGCUGCAGGGUGUACUGAGGACAUGCAUGACAUAGAGCUUUCCAAAUGCAAAAGAAGAGGGGUGGAAGGGGAGCAAGACAAAGCGAGGUGAUAGGACAAGGCAGGGAGUCCUCCCUUUGUAUUUAAUUUCUAUGGAUCCUAUGGAAAGUCUCAGUUUGUGCUGUGGCGAUAAAACUGCUGGCAGGCCUUUCUUUUGUCUUCAGUUAAACUCUUGGCCAAAGUUAGCUUUUAUUAUGUGAGGAGAGAGAAGCAGGAAAUGGCAGUGAGUGAGCUCAAGCUGUUUGUUAGCGUGUGGUUUAUGCAGAGACGAUGGUAUAUCAUGCAGGAGUCUGAAAACCUGCCUUCAGAGCGGGACACCAGCAGAGCGUUCUGCUCGUGGGCUGUGGCUGCCUCCAUUCCUGCGCCGUGACGUCUGUUUGCAGGAUCCAUGGGUUUUGGAACUCUUGUUGCGAUUGGAGUGAUCGUUUUUGCAGUGAUCGUCGUUACUAUAAUUCUGUGCCUCACUUGCUCGUGUUGCUGUCUGUACAAAGCAUGUCGAAGACCGCAGCCUGUUGUGACCACCACGGCCACCACAACAGUGGUUCACACGCCAUAUCCACAGGCACAGGGAGUGCCGCCCAACUACCCUGCAGCUCCGUACCAGGGCUACCAGCCCGUGGCCAUCCAGCCGCAGCCGGGGAUGCCAGUCGCGCCCUACCCUGCGCAGUAUCCUCCCCCAUAUCCCAUGCAGCCACCAGGACCCCCAGCCUACCAUGAAACCGUGGCAGCUGGUGCUGGAGCACCGUACCCCAUCAGCCAGCCCCCGUACAACCCUGCCUACAUGGAUCCUCAGAAGCCCAUCUACUGAACGGCUCUGCCACCGCGCACCGUGCAGCUGCAGUAUGUUAUCCUGGAAGACAGCAAUCUUUUGUCUAAGUAAAGUGAACGUUAGCUCCGUAUCUUCUUUGUUUUUAAGUGCUUUCAGUACUUCUGGCAGAAGUUGUUCAUUUAUACCUCAAGUAAAUACAAAGAGAGAUUGUAUUCAGAAGGGGUGCUCAGAAGUAAGAACCACAACAACAUUUUUUGUGCAAUAAUUUUAUGUGUGGUAGAAAGGAAUGGUCCUCAGUGAGCUGUCAAACACCCAAAGCUGUAGCGAUCUCUUGCACAGCGCCGAAUCACAUUGAGAAGCUGUGUGACAAAUGUUCUGCUUGUUUUGAGGUUGCUAUAAUGAGGUCAGCUCCAACCUAAUACAUUUCAUCCAUCACUUAAAAGGGAACCUUUCUUGAAACACAUCUGCCUGUGGCAGGAGUAGCAAGCCGUGUUCAGUUGUAUUUGGACGAGUUGCAUUAUUCUGUGCUGAGUAGCAUGAGUUGGUCUCUUCCUUGUUUUAUUUCCCAAUUUUAAGGCUUAAAAACUGCCUUUGUUGGGUGUUUUCUCAGGCUGUUUUAGUUUAUAGCUAGAAAUUGACAAUAGAACCAAACCUUCUGCCAUUCCUUAGAACAAACGGAUCAAAAGCUGAAAACCUGGGGGGGUUCUUCAUUAAAAAUAUAUUGGACAAAGACUUGGUUUGCUUAAUAGUCACAGGUUGUUGAGUGCUUUGGAGGACAUAAAACAGCACCUUAGCCAUACGUUGAGCAGAAAUGACUGUUGAUGUUGUUCUGCAUGGUCACAGUGAGGGGAUUAAUUUUGGUUUUAUUUGGUUUUAUUUGAUAACAAGUCAUGGUUUCUGUGUAUUCUAUGAUGCUGUUAUUUUCUGCAUUGAAAUGCAUGUUGUUCCUUGGUGGAGCUGUAUGCUGUCCACAGUAUCUCUCACUGUGAUGUAAGGAGUGAAAUAAUGUGGCUGCAUCUCGCACACUGGUUGUACCUGGAGCGGCCUAUGAGCCCCUUGUCCUGUGACAUUACAUUUGAGGUAGAUUUCUGUUUGAGAAACUUCGAACUUGAAUAACCGACAGUGGUGUUUUACCUCAUGGGAUGGGUGGAAGCUGCUGCUGUCGAAGGCAGCCUUCUUUCUUUAAGUGGAUUUUGGCUUUUUUUCUAUAUAUUCCAAUUUUUAUUUUUAUUUUUAAAGUCUUCAGGGCAUUUCAGGACAAACCUGUUCAAAGUUUUUUAGCGCCAGUGUUCACAAUAAGCCACGUCCCUGUGUUACAGCCCUCUGCUGGAGUUAAUAGUGUGCGGUGGGGCCAAGAGGCACUCACAGAGCAGGUGUACCUUGGAUCCAUGUACUCCUCCUCUUUCCUGCCCUGCAAGCCAAAAAAUCAGGCUGUGCUGCCAUACACUGCUGGGAGUUCUGUGAUGAACUCACAUUCCCAUGUGGAGGAUCUGGGUUAUUUGUGCAGGGGAGGGCACUGAGUAACUGCAGAAGCAACCCCUUUAUUGCAGAAGCACUUGCCCACGUGUGUUUGAUCAUACAGAAGGACAGCAGAGACUCCAGCAGCUCAUUGGUCAGUGUGUGGAUGGAUGGGGGGAGGCAGGAGGAAGAGCAGGGUAAGGUUAAGGAGCCUGAAAACUCACAGCUUUCCUUCAGUGAACAUACACUGAUGAUAACUACAUUCAAGAGAAGAGGGAAAGCAGUUCUGCAGGUGUUAAUGAUUUAACCGUAGUGUCACUGUCACAAAACUGGAUGUAAGAAGAGAAAAUGGCCUGCUUUCCUCGCUCCAGAACUGGAAGACUGAAUUGGGUCUCGUCUUAACAUAUAAAUCAAUGUCAGCCCUAUGGUGUAGGACCAAAUUUCAUUAUCAUGGUGCGAUCCAAUUAAACUUCUUUUCUCGUAGUUAGAUCAAUGAUGGAGAAUCCGGCCCAUGCAUUGUCUCUUAGGCACUGCUCACGCUUUAGUCCCAGUAACCAAAGUUCACAUCCAACCAGUGACCCACCACUGAAAUGGGAAUUCCCAUUUUAAACAUUGAGUCCAAUUCUUUUUUAACUCUGUAAGUGCCUUUGUUUCAGAAACGUUCUGUGGAAUUAAAUACAGUACAGUCCUCUGCCAUACGGAACUUCCUAGAGAAUCGUUGUUGACUUUAUUACAUACUGUAAACCAGCUUUGUAUGUUGUUUGUAGUUUAAGUCUUCAAAAGAAGAGGCAUAAACUCUUUGCACCUUUGUAAUAAAUGCAGUGUUUGAAAUAUA